AUGUUCGACGACGAUCCUUUCAAAGACGAGUUCUCAGUUAACGCCGGUGACGUCUUUGGCGGGGGACCCAAACCGAUCGUUUCUCCAGUUCCCACAGCGUCCCUUGCGACCACAGGCCACUUUGGAGGAACCGCCACCGCACCUAGUGCUGCUGCUUCUGCCCUAUCCACAUCAGGCGGAGGUGGAGUAUUUGACGAUUUUCCUGUAUUUCCAGAUGGACUCCUGCCACAAGGGACUUCUGCCACAACAGCACCGACUGGAGGAUCAAAUAAAGCAAGUCCGACACUUGCAGCGGGACAAGCGGGUUAUGAAUGGACACAACUUUUAAUAAUAAUCAGUAGACUUCAACUUCUACUACCAGACCUCGAUGAUGAUCGAUGUGAUUAUUAUUACUUAUACUUCUCCCAGUGACAUUUUUUUUUCGAAGCCUACAUCAGUGUAAGAAGAACUAGAGAUAGAAUGUCCACAUUCUACGUAGUCAUCUCCAAGCCAUAUCGUAGACUACUACCAGACCUAGGAUUGUAGGUAGUCAUCUCCAAACCAUCUCGUUGACCGGAUCCGCAGGCAAUUUCGUAAUUUCGUCACCGACGACUAGCGGUAACGGACACCUCGGAGAUGCUGCGAGUCAAGCAAAAGCUGGGUCUUUGGGAGGUGGCAGUGAAGUAGAGGCGCUUCUACGAGAACUAGUAGCGUCAUCGAAACGGCAAGAGGCGUUAUUGGAGAGACUGGUCGCUAAUAUGUCGUCGUCGGAGCAGAGUGGACAUGUCGGUCAAUCCAGAGGUCAAUUGGUUCAGCCGCCGAGACAUCAGCUGCCUCCUGGAUACCCGAAUCAGAUAAAAGGUGGCAUGAUGCCUGCGCCACAACAUACGAUGCCGCCGAUGCCAGGUAGUUCGCUUUUUUUGGAUGAGGUUGCGUAACGCUAUCGAUGACCUACACCUUUUGCAAGUUAAAUUUCAGAUUAAGGUUCGUUGGCUCAUCAUUCACGAAAUGUUGGAUUAUCAUUCAUCAACAUAUCAUCGAUCCAUCUUUUUCCACCAGGUGGUGCCGGAAUGGCUUACAACAAUCCAGGAGCGCCACAGCAGUCGCCAGCCCUUCAACAAGCCGCUUCGGAUGAACAGCGACGGAGACGGUUGGAGGAAGAAAGACGCAAAGCAGAGGAAAUGAGGUUCCGGAAGCUAGAAGAAGAACGCAAAAAACGCGAGAUGGAAGAAGCACGAAAAGCCGAAGAGAUGAGGCGGUUGGAAGAAGAGCGGAGAAAAAGGGAACAGUUGGAGAAGAAAACUUAAGAUCAGAAGAUGCUUUAGUUCAUGCUGAUGUUCAACAAGAACUCUUAGUACUUUUGCUACUGUACUGUAACAGUGGGUACACAACUGUCAACAACAUUGCAAUUUAUUUGAGAGUCAGUAAUUAUUUCUACACUCUUAGUCCACCGAAAUACUGAUCUUAGAAAGUCCUAGGCUCAUCUUAUUACUAUCACCAAAUAAGAUGUCUUGCUGAAGUGGUAUUCUCGUCAUCUGAGCGUUAUUCUAAUCUCCCCAGAACCUGAUGCAAGGAUUGCUUGGCGGGGGAGGCGAUCCCACUACCGCUGGAGCGGCACCAGCAGACGCGACAGCACCCGCGGCUGGCGGCGUCCCUGUUUUAGCGCCAUCAGCUGGCGCCACGCCUAAUAUUGGCGGAGGUGUUAAGGGGAUCUUUGAAGACGACGACGACAUAUUUGGAGCGGGAUCGAUGCUAGGCGGUAGCGGCACACGGCCAGCUAAAGGAGGACUUUUUGAUGACUAAGUAAUUUCUGAUUUACGAAGCUCUUUGGUGGAUACGGAUUGCGAGCAUGCUUUCUCGAACUAGAAAUCUGAAUUGUCAAGAAUUGUAAGAAAAAUCAUAGGGAAGAAACAAAUUUUUUGAUAGGUGCGAAGCACAGCUAGAGCUACAUCAAAGACAACCGCGGUAAAAAACAUAACAGGGAUUCACAAUACGAUUUACCUCAUAUGAACAAUUUUUUUGCGUACGAUAUUUACAAACUCUAACUCAGAACAGUCCGUUGUACCCUACCCUACCCCCCGAUCCCUCUCUCUAUGCAGAGAAAAAUUUGGCCUGCCAAGCAUUUUUCUUCGCAGAUUUUUUCUCGUGGACGAAAGAUCUCAUCUCCGCCUUUCGGGCUUGGAAAAGUCUACUUUCUGUACCUGCUGCCCGCAUGUGUUCAACAACUUUUCCGCAAACGUACCGGACCUCAAUCUUCUCUCGAAGCAUGCAUCAAUC